AAAAGAACAGCUCAGUAAUCCAUUUUCCAAGAAUGUUGGAUCGUGUAUAAAGGCCCGGAUAUAACUUAACCGCAACGGAACCGUUUCAUGAUGUAACAUGUUGUACUUGCGAACAGACAACUAAAAUAAACAGGUCAUCGACCAAAACAUCUACCAGCUCUAUGCAAUCAACCAGACCUAAUUGUGUGGACGACAACUUGCAAAACCGCCGUAGAAUAUAUUCCUUUCGCGGUUCGCGUUCGACCAAAGUACUUUUCCAGUCAAACAGUUGCCGACCGAGACCGACACGAUAACCAGCCUUAUCCAGUUCUCUGCGCCGCGAGAGCGUGAGAGACUGAGCAGCGGAGCGCAAUUGCCACUUAGUUCACCGCUUCCCCUGGUCAGCUGGUCUAAGUGCACGCGGUCACUAGUAGUCGCCUCUCGACUACCAACGAGCCAUCAAGUCAACAACAACGGCACACAUUCGAUGAGACUGCGAGAACGGCUGCGGUACAAAGCGAAAUCAUUGCUGAGGGGUUUGAAUGCGUGGACCGGAAUGGACGGGGAUCAAAAGCAGCAGCCGUCUACGAGUAGCUUCGUAGAUACACGAAAACCGCACAGCCUGGGCAAAACGGUUCUGAACGUGAGUCACAAGUUCCUGGUACUGCUGGUGCGAUGGUUUCUGAGGACGAUCUACGGCGAGCAUGGGCAGAAGAUGCCCCCGAUCCGGAACCUGAUACUGAUGGAGUCGGCUUCGUCGCUGGCGUUGAAGAUUCGCACUCGAAAGCUAACCAGCGUCGAAGUGAUGGAGGCCUUCAUCGAGCGCUGCAAGGAGAUAAACCCGCUGCUAAACUGCGUCGUUGAUCAAUGCUACUCCACAGCGCUAAAAGAAGCUGCCAUGGCAGACAAACUGAUCGCCUCGGGAACACUCACCGAGGAACAACUGGCCACCGAGAAGCCCUUCCUCGGUGUCCCGAUCUCAACCAAAGACUGCAUCCGCGUGAAAGAUAUGCUUCACACGGCCGGUAUAUGGAAGCGGCGCAACAUUCGCGGGGAGAAGGAUUCACGGGCCAUGGAGCUUAUGAGGAAAGCCGGUGCCAUUCCGUUUGCGCUGACUAAUGUUUCCGAGUGCUGCAUGUGGUGGGAGAGUGUUAAUACCAUUCACGGUCGCACACGAAAUCCGUACGACACAAACCGUAUCGUCGGUGGAUCAAGCGGUGGCGAAGGAACCAUUCAAGCCUCCGCAGCUUCACCCUUCGGCCUGGGCUCCGACAUAGGAGGCUCUAUUCGAAUGCCGGCGUUCUUCAAUGGAAUUUUUGGACACAAACCGUCCCGCCAGAUCGUUUCCAACGAUGGACAGUAUCCGGAGGCGGUCAGUGAAGAGCAGGAGAUUUUCCUAGGAAUUGGACCGAUGUGUCGCUACGCGACCGACCUGAAACCCAUGCUGCGAAUAAUCGCCGAUCAAAAUGCCAAAAAGCUACGAUUGGACGAACCCGUCGACUUGAAGCAAGUGCGGUUCUUCUAUCAGCACAAUGACGGUGGUGGUUUUCUCGUGUCACCGGUAGAUAUGGACAUCCGUGACGCUAUGGAGAAGGUGAUGGCUCAUUUCCGAUCCACAGUGAAGUCAGAAGUUCGCAAGGUAUAUUUUGACAAGCUGCGAAAAUCGGCCAACAUCUGGUUCGGUAACAUGAAACACAAGGAAAAGAUUUCGUUCGAUGCGCAGUUAGACAAUUUGGAAGGAACGGUCAAUCCGUACGUGGAAGUCCUGAAGUGGAUCGUUGGACAAUCGAAUCAUACAUUCAUCGGAAUUAUGACUGCCAUUACCGAACGGAAGGGAAUUCAAUACGGAACGGAGCAGUACCAUUACAUGGUUCAGCAGCGGGAUGAGCUGCUGCAGGAAAUGAAGACCAUGCUCGGUGAGAAUGGCGUAUUCAUCUAUCCGACUCAUCCGACGGUAGCUCCGUAUCAUAAUGAACCACUCGUACGGGCACUAAACUUCAGCUACACGGCUAUUAUCAACGUGUUAGGAUUCCCUUCGACGGCUGUACCGUUGGGACUGGGUCGUGAAGGCUUGCCAAUAGGACUUCAGGUCGUUGCCAAUGUUAACCAAGAUCGGUUGUGUUUAGCAGUAGCGUGUGAGCUGGAGCGUGCGUUCGGAGGAUGGGUGGCACCCGAAGUGUUAGCCUAAAGAAGAGGUAUUUGUGGAUGAUGAUGGGACCAGUGAUUGGCGAGAUGCUACAGACGAAGCUUACUAUUCAUAUUUGCUGUAUACAUACGAGUGAACUGUGUAGUAAGUAUACGCUUAUGAACACAGCCGAGCAUUUCGGCACCGGCCUUUUAUAGUAUUUAAUGAAAUCAUAUAUUUUUAUGGAGAAAAUAUACAUGGUAUUGAAUGGUUGAAAAAUAGAAA